ACUGACAAUGUAGUACAGUUAACAUCUGACUAUUCCUUAACAUGACACAACUUAUGCAGAAAACUGAGAAGUCCAUCUCUUGAAUACUUCACUCGCUGCCUUGUUAACUGAAAGCCUAGGAAGGAGAAAAAAGGAAUCCUAUCCCCAUGAUACACGCCUACACGACAUGAUACAUUUAGGGUCAGAGGUCACAAAGAUGAUCACUAGGAGGUAGUGUUCAUUGAGUUCAGAAAAGGCUCUGUCGGGGCUGCUCUUUGCAAGGCUGUGAUGAAGUGGGAUGCCUCCGACCUGGGGGAAGAGUACACAGGGCAAGCCACAAAGCUGAGCAGGGCCGGGUGGACCAGUGACAGCAGCGGGUCCUCAGGCCGCAGGACCCCAGGACACCCGGGCUCACACACUUCCUGAAGCAGCCCCGCCCAGGUGGAAGCCCCACCCUCUCCCAGACGGAUCAAAACCCAAAUCUCCGCAGAGCACUCGGCUUCGGAACCCCAGCCACUUUCAUCAGGUGGUGCAACUUGCGGAUUCUGGAGCUUCAGGAUGGUUCAUGCUAAGCGCUGGCUCCUGAAGAAACACUUCGAAGGCAGCCCUACCGAUAGUAACUUUGAAUUGAAGACAGUUGAACUCCCACCCUUAAAAAAUGGAGAGGUUCUGCUGGAAGCUUUGUUCCUCACUGUGGAUCCUUAUAUGAGAAUGGCAGCCAAAAGAUUGAAGGAGGGUGACAUGAUGAUGGGGCAACAAGUGGCCAGAAUCGUGGAAAGUAAAAACUCAGCUUUGCCAACAGGAACUAUUGUAGUAGCUUCUUCAGGCUGGACAACGCACUCCAUUUCUGAUGGGAAGGGGCUGCAAAAGCUAUCUGCAGAGUGGCCAGACAAGUUACCACUCUCCCUGGCUCUGGGGACAGUUGGUAUGACAGGCCUAACAGCCUACUUUGGCCUACUUGAUGUUUGUGGUUUGAAGGGUGGAGAAACAGUGAUCAUUAAUGCAGCAGCAGGAGCAGUGGGCUCUGUUGUGGGACAGAUAGCUAAGCUCAAGGGCUGCAAAGUUAUUGGAGCAGCAGGGUCUGAUGAAAAGGUUGCCCAUCUUAAAAAACUUGGAUUUGAUGUUGCUUUCAACUAUAAGACAGUAGGCUCUUUAGAAGAAACUUUGAAAAAAGCCUCUCCUGAUGGUUAUGAUUGUUAUUUUGAUAACGUUGGUGGAGAGUUUUCAAAUGUUGUUAUCCCCCAGAUGAAAAAAUUCGGAAGAAUUGCUUUAUGUGGGGCCAUUUCUACAUAUAACAGUACUGGGCCACUUCCCCCAGGCCCACCCCCAGAGUUCAUUAUCUACCUGGAACUCCGCAUGGAAGGGUUUAUUGUCACUCGCUGGCAAGGAGAGGCCCGCCAGAAGGCUCUGAACGACUUGCAGACAUGGGUCUCCGAGGGUAAAAUCCAGUACCAUGAAUACGUCAUUGAAGGAUUUGAAAACAUGCCAGCUGCAUUUAUGGGAAUGCUGAAAGGAGAUAAUUUAGGGAAAACCAUCGUGAAAGCAUGAAGAAACGACACGUGGAAUCUAGAAAUAACAUUUGGAUGAUUCACUUCUUUUUAACCAUUUAUAAAAAUGUAUACUGCCUUUAUUAUCUAAGAAAUCAUCAUUGUAAUGAGUUUGAUAUACCAAUGAAAUACAUUUAAAUUAAACUAGCAGGGCCUCCCCAGUGGCGCAGUGGUUGAGCGCUGCGUUGCGAAGCUGCCCGCAGCCUCUGCAGCACCGGUUCCAUCCCCGGCUGCUCCCCAGUCACUGGAGGAGGGUCCCGCAUGGCGCGCAGACCUCUCCUGCUGCCCGCUGCUCCCCUCAGCAGUGUACUUCGG